UUCAAUCUUCUUGGCCAUUAGGAUAAUGCUUCUUCUGCAACUCAUGUCAAUAAUCCCUCCAAAAUCAGCCGAGGAGUUUGAGCAGUGGUGCAUAGCUGAUGAGCAAACCCCAGACGAUGAGUUGAAGGCAGCCAUGGACUGGGCUUGUGGGAGCGGCGGUGCAGAUUGCAGUAAGAUUCAGGUGAAGCAGGCUUGUUACUUUCCCAACACCAUUAGAAGCCAUGCUUCCUAUGCAUUCAAUGAUUACUUCCAAAAGUUCAAGCACAAGGUCGGAUCUUGCAACUUCAAAGGAGCUGCCAUGAUUACAGAACUCGAUCCCAGCAAGCACAGUUACCUAGAUUAGCUAUACAUUUUUCCCUUUAUUAUUUUGCA